AUGAAGUCGGCCUCCCCGGGCCCAUGUCUGGCCUCCGGCGGCCUCUGCGGGCGCAGCACGUCCUCGAGUGGGCCCCUCCAGGGCCAGCUCCUGCCUCCCGUCGGCGCCCAGCCCUUUUUCCAGCCGAAGCUCUGCAGGCACGCCUUCUGCCUCCCGGUGGCCUGCGCAGACGCAGCCCUGACUGAAGAACAGCCCCUCCAGGCCCCGCUCCUCCCUCCCAGGGGCCUCUCCCGGCCCAGCCUCGACCUCGCAGUGGCCCCUCCAGGCCCACCUCUUGCCUCACCGUGGCCUCCUCGGGCCAGACUCCUGCCCUUCGGCGGCCUCUGCAGGCCAAGCUCCUACCUCCCCGUGGCCUCCGUAGGCCAAGCUCCUGCCUCCACGGCAGCCUUUCCAGGCCUGGCGUUUGCUCCUUUGCAUCCUCGCCAGGCCCUGAACUUGCUCCAGUUGGCCUCUCCGGGCCCAGCUCUUCCUCCCGGCGGCCUCUGCAGGCCCAAGUUGUCCUCAAGUGGGCCUCUCCAGGGCCGGCUCCUGCCUCCCGCCGGCCUCUGCGGGCCCAAGUCAUCCUCCAGUCGGCCACCCCCGGCCCAGCUCUUGCCUCUUGGCGGCCUCUUCAGGUGCACAACUUCCUCCAGUCGGCCUCUCCAGGCCCAGCUCCUCCUGCCUCGCAGUGGCCUCUUUAGGCCCAUCCCGGCUCACACCUCCCCGCGGCCCUCCCAGGCCCCGCGUUUGACUUUUGGCGGCCCCUUCAGGCCCAGAGCUCGACCUCCGGUCGGCCUGUCCAGGCCCACCUCCUGCCUCCCGACGGCCUCUUUAGGCCCAGCUCGCUUGUCACGACGGCCUUUCCGGGCCCGGUUUGUCCCCUUUGGCGGCCUCUCCAGGCCCAGCACCUCCUCAAGUCGGCCUCUCCCGACCCAGCUCCAGCCUCACGGCGUCCUCUCCAGGCCCAGCUCUUCCUCCCGGCUGCGUCUACGGGCCCGGCUCCUGCCUCACAGCCACCGCUUGGGACUCAGCUCCUGGCCAGCUCCUGGCGGCCUUUGUUGCCCCAAAACUUCCUCAAGCCACGCUCUCCCGGCCCAGCUCAGGCCUCCACGGUGGCCUCUCUGGGCUCAGCUCCUCGCCCUCCGACGGCGUCUCUGGGCCCCCAGACUUUCUCCAGUGGGCUCCUCUCGGCCCAGCUUGGGCCUCCCGGCGGCCCCUGCGGACCCAACUCGUCGUGAAGUCGGCCUCCCCGGGCCCAGGUCCGGCCUUCCGGCGGCCUCUGCGGGCACAGCACGUCCUCGAGUGGGCCCCUCCAGGGCCAGCUCCUGCCUCCCGUCGGCCUCUAGAGGCCCAGCCCCUGCCUCCCUCAUGGCGGCCCCUCCAGGCCCGGCUCUUUCUCGUCCUCCUGGCUGGGCCGACAGGCCCAACUCCUGCCUCCCAAGAAAAGCAAACAAGCUCUUCGGGCUCGGCUCCUGCCCGGCUCCCGCCAGCCUUUGUGGGCCCAGCCCUUUCUCUAGCCGAAGCUCUGCAAGCCCGCCUUCUGCCUCCUGGUGGCCUGCGCAGAUGCAACCCUGAGUGAAGAACAGCCCCUGCAGGCCCCGCUCCUGCCUCCCAGGGGCCUCUCCGGGCCCGGCUCUCGCAUGGCCUCACGGCGGCUUCCCGGGGUCAGCUUCCUGCCUGCCUCCCGGCGGCCUCGACAGGCCCAGCUCCUCCCUGACGGUGGCCUGUUUCGGCCCGGCUCAUGCUUCUCGCGACCCGCCCAGCGGUGUGAGCUCCUGCCUCACACUGGCCUGUGCGGGCCGAGGUCCUCCCUCACGCUGGGCCGUGGAGGCCCGGCUCGUGCCUCUCGUGGCCUUCCCGGUCCGAGCCCCUGCCUGUUGGCGGCCUCUCCCGGCCCAGCCUCAACCUCGCAGUGGGCCCUCCAGGCCCACGUCUUGCCUCACGGUGGCCUCCUCGGGCCAGGCUCCUGCCCUUCGGCGGCCUCUGCAGGCCCAGCUCCUGCCUCCCCGUCGCCUCCGUAGGCCAAGCUCCUGCCUCCACGGAGGCCUUUCCAGGCCUGGCGUUUGCUCCUUUGCAUCCUCGUCAGGCCCUGAACUUGCUCCAGUCGGCCUCUCCGGGCCCAGCUCUUCCUCCCGGCGGCCUCUGCAGGCCCAAGUUGUCCUCAAGUGGGCCUCUCCAGGGCCAGCUCCUGCCUCCCGCCGACCUCUGCUGGCCCAAGUCGGCCUCCAGUCGGCCUCCCCCAGCCCAACUCUUGCCUCUCGGUGGCCUCUCCAGGUGCACGACUUCCUCCAGUCGGCCUCUCCAGGCCCAGCUCCUCCUGCCUCCCAGUGGCCUCUUUAGGCCCAGCCCGGCUCACACCUCCCGGCGGCCCUCCCAGGCCCCGCGUUUGACUUUUGGCGGCCCCUUCAGGCCCAGAGCUCGACCUCCGGUCGGCCUGUCCAGGCCCACCUCCUGCCUCCCGACGGCCUCUUUAGGCCCAGCUCGCUCGUCACGACGGCCUUUCCGGGCCCGGUUUGUCCCCUUUGGCGGCCUCUCCAGGCCCAGCUCCUCCUCAAGUCGGCCUCUCCCGACCCAGCUCCAGCCUCACGGCGUCCUCUCCAGGCCCAGCUCUUCCUCCCGGCUGCGUCUACGGGCCCGGCUCCUGCCUCACAGCCACCGCUUGGGACUCAGCUCCUGGCCAGCUCCUGGCGGCCUUUGUUGCCCCAAAACUUCCUCAAGCCACGCUCUCCCGGCCCAGCUCAGGCCUCCAUGGUGGCCUCACUGGGCUCAGCUCCUCGCCCUCCGACGGCGUCUCUGGGCCCCCAGACUUCCUCCAGUGGGCUCCUCUCGGCCCAGCUUGGGCCUCCUGGCGGCCCCUGCGGGCCCAACUCGUCGGGAAGUCGGCCUCCCCGGGCCCACGUCCGGCCUCCCGGAGUCCUCUGUGAGCGCAGCACGUCCUUGAGUAGGCCCCUCCAGGGCCAGCUUCUGCCUCCCGUCGGCCUCUAGAGGCCCAGCCUCUGCCUCCCUCAUGGCGGCCCCUCUGGGCCUGGCUCUUCCUCGUCCUCCUGGCUGCGUUUGCAGGCCCAACUCCUGCCUCCCAAGAAAACGAAACAAGCUCUUUGGGCUCAGCUCCUGCCCGGCUCCCGCCAGCCUUUGUUGGCCCAGCACUUUCUCCAGCCGAAGCUCUGCAGGCCCGCCUUCUGCCUCCCGGUGGCCUGCGCAGACGCAGCCCUGACUGAAGAACAGCCCCUGCAGGCCCUGCUCCUGCCUCCCAGGGGCCUCUCCGGGCCCGGCUCUCGCAUGGCCUCACGGCGGCUUCCCGGGGCCAGCUUCCUGCCUGCCUCCCGGCAGCCUCGACAGGACCAGCUCCUCCCUGACGGUGGCCUCUUUCGGCCCAGUUCAUGCCUCUCGCAACCCGCCCAGCGGUGUGAGCUCCUGCCUCACACUGGCCGGUGCGGGCUGAGGUCCUCCCUCAUGCUGGGCCGUGGAUGCCCGGCUCCUGCCUCUCGUGGCCUCCCCGGUCCCAGCCCCUGCCUGUUGGAGGCCUCUCCCGGCCCAGCCUCGACCUCGCAGUGGGCCCUCCAGGCCCACCACUUGCCUCACCGUGGCCUCCUCGGGCCAGGCUCCUGCCCUUCGGCAGCCUCUGCAGACCCAGCUCCUGCCUCCGCGUGGCGUCCGUAGGCCAAGCUCCUGCCUCCACGGCGGCCUUUCCAGGCCUGGCGUUUGCUCCUUUGCAUCCUCGCCAGGCCCUGAACUUCCUCCAGUCGGCCUCUCCGGGCCCAGCUCUUCCUCCCGGCGGCCUCUGCAGGCCCAAGUUGUCCUCAAGUGGGCCUCUCCAGGGCCAGCUCCUGCCUCCCGCCGGCCUUUGCGGGCCCAAGUCGUCCUCCAUUCGGCCACCCCCGGCCCAGCUCUUGCCUCUCGGCGGCCUCUCCAGGUGCACAACUUCCUCCAGUUGGCCUCUCCAGGCCCAGCUCCUCCUGCCUCCCAGUGGCCUCUUUAGGCCCAGCCCGUCUCAUGCCUCCCGGCGGCCCUCCCAGGCCCUGCGUUUGACUUUGGCGGCCUCUUCAGGCCCAGGUCUUGACCUCCGGUCGGCCUUUCCAGGCCCAGCCUCCUGCCUCACGAGCGCCCAUAGACAGGCCCAGGCUCUGCCUCACAACGGAGUCUCCACCUCCAACUCUUGGCCUCCCUAUGUCCCACCUAGUCCGAAGCCCCUGCCUUCCGGAACCUUCGAUAUGCCCAGUUGGUGCCUUGGGAUGUGUUCGUCAAGUCCACUUUACUUCUUAAUACAGCCUUUCUAUGCCGAGUUUUUUUCUUUUCUCGGCCUUUGUAUGGUGAGAACUUUCUGAAGUUUGCUUUUCCAAGCCCACCUGCAGCACUGUGGAAUCCUCGUCUGGCCCAUCGCCUCUUCUCAGCUCCUGUCUCAUGGUGGCCUCUUCUGGCCCAUCUUUGACCUCAUAGUGGCGACUCAAAUCCAUCUUCUGCCUCAUCCUGGCCUCUUCUGGUUUUGCUCAUGCCUCGCAUUCACCUCUUCCAGAUCCAGAUUUUUAUUCUUUGAUGGUCAACAGCAUCAAGGAGCCUAAGUCUUCCUUGGACUCUUUUUUAUUUGUAACUUCACAGCAGAGUGCCUUAGGAAAACACCUGUCUCUUCUUUUAACCUUGACAGUGGAUUUCUAACAAAUUUGUAAUAAAUUUUGCCUGCGUGGUUUCAUACUGA